CAGCCCCCCACCCACGGGCGCUGGGGCCGGGGCCCGGGGCGGAUGCUGCGGGACGGCUGAGGGCCGGGGUUGGAGGAUGCUUUGGAGCGCAGUGCUGCGAGGUGGGAUGCAGCGGGCUGGAGGUUGCGGGGAGCCGCUUUCCUCGGUCAUGUUGGGGCACUUCUGGACACUCAGGGGCUCCCACACCUCCCUGAACCCCCACAGCCGCCCUGCGUGGUCCCCGCGUCCCCUGCAGAGCGCUGGCAUGUGCCUCCCUGUCCUUAAAUCCCUGACACCCUGCGGAAUCCCGCGCCCCUGUCCCGGCGUGAGUGCGGCAGACGCUCAGGUGGCUCGGGAAUGGUUCUGGGAGCCGCGCCACCAGCCCAGAUAUGCCAUGGCACUGUCCAACAACCACAUCUGCCCUGUCCACAACUGGAGUUACAACCAGUCAUGUGACAUGGACGGCCCCAGCUCCUGCUGCACGCUGGACCACAUCCCCCUCGUCAGCAAGUGUGGCACCCUGCCUCCCGAGAGCUGCUUCUUCAGCCUCAUCUGCAGCCUGGGCUCCUUCAUGGUCAUCCUGGUGGGGCUGCUGCGCUAUGCCCACCUCCUGGAGCGCCUGGGGCCGUCCCUCCUCAACACCCUGGGGCUGGCCACUGGCUGGGUCUGCGCUGCUGGCCUCACCAUGGUUGGCAACUUCCAGGUGGAUCACGCCAAGGUGCUACACUACAUUGGGGCGGGGGUGGCCUUUCCCACCAGCAUGCUGUUCCUGCUCCUGCAGUCCAUCCUCACCUACCGCAUGGCCAAAACCCGAGGGCAGUACUGGACUGGCCACUUACGUAGCAUCCUCACCACUGUGGCCUUCUUCACCCUCGUCUUCAGUGGCGUGUUCUUCAUCCAGGAGAGCUUUGUGCUACAGCACGUGGCUGCCUUGUGUGAGUGGAUGUUCAUCAUUGAUGUCCUGGUUUUCUAUGGCACGUUCACCUUUGAGUUUGGCGCCAUCUCCACAGACACCUUCCUGGUCCUGCUGAAAGCCAGCCGGGCCCCCAAAAGUUACAAGGGUGAGAGCAGCCUGUCCAGUACAGCCCACAUCCACAGCCAUGUGGAGGGCCUGGCUAUGGCCUGAGCCCCACAGGAGGCAGCCCAUAGUGGAGACCCCAAACUGGGCUCUGCCAGUGACUCCCCCCUUGAAUAUCUCUGAAAACCCCGCUGCUGUGUGUGUGUGUGUGUGUGUGUGUGUGUGUGUGUGUGUGUGUGUUUAUGUGUGUGUUUGUGCAGGUGUGUUUAUGUGUUUGUGUGUGUGUGUUAUGUGUGUGUUUAUGUGUUUGUGUAUGUUUGUGUGUGUGGAUGUGUGCUUGCAGUGCCCUCCACUCUCAGCAGGAGCUCUCAGUGUCCAGUGCUCCUCUGGCAGCUGCUGCCCCUGCAAGAGCUGUCCACUCCCUGCCCUAGGGUUUGGGGUCACUGCUGGGGUGUGGGGAUGCCAACCUGGUGCUAUCAGCAGCGCCAGGAUCUGCCCCUGAGCCUCUGGGGUAGCCUAGUCUGAGUUGGGCUGCUGAAGGCAAUCAUACUGAGGCUUCCUCCUGUAAGGGACAUGGGGGAGCAGGGGGCUCACUCUCCCUUCACCACACAAGGCUGGUGUGCUGGAAGGGGACGAGAUCUCUGUUAUUCCCUCCUCCACAGCCUUCCAGCUGGCUACUGUGACUGUCAGAGGAGCCAAAAACACAGAGUGCCUUUUCCCUUUCUUGGGCAGUGAGUGCCCUGCCGGUCUGUCUGCAGCCCAGUGAGGAUGGCAGCAGGGGGUCUCACUCUGCUGCAGGCUGACACCGGCAGCCCCAGCUGGACUGUGCUGACCCCCCCACCAGGGCUCUCACUGCUCAGGGCCUUCUAUGCCAUCACUCAGUGGCUUUUCCUGCUUUUUGUCAGCUUGAGAAUUGCUGAGGCAGGUUUCACCUCCCUGGUCACAGCAUUUCCCUGCUUCCAGCUGGUUUGGGAAAUGAGUCUUCAAAUUUACCAUCACACAGGGGAUGUCCUGCAGGCACCGUGCCUGCUGAGCAGGGGACUUCUGCUCUGUGCCACUGCCAGCCUGAGCUGCCCCGGGGAGUGCAGCCAUAGAAGGGGGAAGCACUGCUGUAGGAACAGAGGAGUUGUGUGCCCCAUUCUUCUGGGACUCCCAAAUCCGUGCUCUGGUGCCUUGGCCGAUGCCUGCCUGACGGGAGCUCAUCCCGCUCAGCCGCAGCAUCCUUGGGCUGGGGUGAGCCCGGGGUGUCCUGGGCACGGGGUUGAGCUGUUGAGGGGUAUGAGUGCUGUGUGUGCGUGCAUGUGUGUGUAUGCAUAGAUCUACAAAUAUAUAUAUAUAUAUACACACAUACAUAUAUAUAUAUAUAUAUAUAUAAAAUCCCCUUGUCCCUGGAGAGGGGCAUUUACUGCUGCUGCUGCUGCUGCUGUGCGCAUUGAUCAAGUUGGGCUUUCCUGUUUGCCCACCUUUUCCAAACCGGCCUGUAAAUCCACCAGUAUAUGUAGUUCAAAGAGGAGCCUUUCUGACUUUUGUAUCUAAUAUAUUUUUUAAAAAGUAUAUAUAAAGACAACAGUGAAUUUACAAUAAUAAAAGUGAAAGUCAUCCGUGGGUGAGGCAGACGGUCCUUCCCCGCUGGAGUAGCAGCUGGCCUUGGGAAUGGGGUGCAGGGUCCUGUCCCGCCCUCGGGUGACAGCCAUGAGCCCGGGGCUCGGUUCCCUGACCCGAGUGCCAGCCAGGUGGCGGACAGGCGGUGUCGCCGGGAUGCAGCAGCCUGGAGGAGCCCGUCCCGUCGGGGGUCCCCUGGCCCGCCCUCCCGCUGUCUGUGCCGGGCGGAGCCGGGUCCGGGAAGCCCCGGGAGGCGGAGCCGGGUCGGGACUUUCCCGGUACCGCGGCCGGGGCGCGGCGGCGGGGCUGCGGCUGGGAGGAAGUGAGAAGAAAUGAGGAGCGUGCCUGUGGGCUCUCCCCUGGUCCUGCCCCUUUGCUAGAAGUCGCCGGUGGUUUUCUGUGGUCGGGCAGAGCUGGACCCCAGCGGAACUCCUGUCUGUGGUACUGGCAGUCUCUGUGGC